AUGGAAGAGAAGCAAAGAGUCUUUGAUAUAUUCAAGAAGAAAUUCAAACGUGGAUUUUCCUUUGAUUCGAAGCAAAUCGAUGUAGAAGGGACGUCCGAAAAAACAGAUGAACUUGUUGUUGACGAGAAACAAAUAGAAUCAAGAAACAAUUCAUUGAAUCCUACACGAAGUACAGUUAGUGCACAAAUAUCUCUCUUGACGACACCAAGAAAAGACACAACUAUUCCAACACGUAUAACUCUGGGAUCUAAAAGAGCAACACCACGCAGAGACUAUUUUAGAACAGUAGAAGGUGCAGCAGCAACACCUUCAAAUGAAGAAACACCUUCAUAUAGUCCACCACUAAGAGGUGACGAUAGAGUGGUUAAGAUGCAAAACGUUCUUAAAGAACUUAAUGUUGCAAGAAAAAUACCACAACAUAAGAUAUAUCUAAGUCCCAUAGAAGUGACUGACAUUAAUAUAGUCAUAACAGUACAGAAUGAAAUACGAAGGUAUUAUGCACGUCAUUCGCCUGAGAUGAAAAAAUUGAAACAAAGGAAGAAUGUUGUCAAAGAGAUAAUGGACACCGAGAAAACAUAUGUGGAAAGAUUGGAGUUAUUUAAAGACCUUUAUUUGUCUAAAGCACUCGAAGUGAUACCAGAUGACGUUGUGAUGAGACAAUGCAAAGACAAUUUAAUAGUCAUAUUGGGAUAUAACGGCAUGAUGCUUGAAAGGUUACAAGAACUUGUUUCAAAAGGAUUUGUAUAUGGUAACCACAUUGGGGAGGUCUUCUCCAAGUUGACGUAUUUUUUAAAGUCGUAUUGUGUUUAUGUUAAUUGUAUUGAUUGUGUUAACAAAAGAGAAGAACAAUUAAUGAAGAUGAACAAGCGGUUUGAAAAUGAAAUGAAAAAUGUUAAGAAAGAGCACUCGUUAGAUUCAUUUAAUUCAUAUGUGAUUCUCCCUAUCCAGCGUAUUCCAAGAUACAAAUUGUUAUUGGAAGAGCUUAUCAAGACAAUGCCAGACAAUCAUCCAGAACUCCAAUCGCUGAAAGAAUCUCUUGGGAAAAUUAAAGAAGUAGGAAAUACAUUGAAUGCGGCAAAUGUAAUGAUAGAGAAUAGAGGACGUGUAAUGUACUUGUUAAGCCACUUUAAGUACAAUAAAGAGUCUGACAUUAUCGAAGACAAGACUUCUCAUCAAUUGAAAGCUUUUAAAGUGAUAGAAGUUGUUAAUGAAAAAACAGCUGAAGUAAAAAGGAUAUACUGCUUUGUGUUCAACGAGUUCUUAGUUUUUACCAAAUGUUUGAAACUAACAAAACCAAAGAAAAAGAAAGAGGAUGAAGACACAUUAGAGACAGUCAUUGAAAGUAAUAAAGUGUUAAAUGUCAUUGACGUACUUUACUUUGGCAAGUUUGUGUUUUUCAAUCAUGAUCAAAUUGUUGGGAAAGGUGCAUUGGAGUUUGUGACGAGUGAUCAACAAGUCGGGAAUUUGGUGUUUACGAGUGAAGAUGAUAAAAUAGAUUUUGUGAAAUGUAUUGAAAGUGAGUGUAUCUCUUUUAUGAGCGAUUGGGU